AUGUCGCUAGCAUACACAGUCAACCUGUUGCGGGCCUCCGGACGUCUCAACAAGGUCCUGGCUCUUCUGUCCAACGCCGGAACCCUGGAUCCCACUCUAGCCUUUGUCGGGUACGGAUCGCUCUUCGUGUGCGAGCUGCUGCGACUCGAGUCCGUGCAGAUGGGCGUGGUGGUGGCCAAGGUUCUGCUUGGUCAGGUGACCGGUCUUGAUAUCGACGAGUCGUUUGAGAAACUGGGUCUGGCCUCGGAUCUUACUGGCGUGGCUGACUCGCUGGGAGUGCUGUCUGGUCUUAUCUCCGACAUUCGAAUCUUCAACCGUCUAUGGGGUCUGGUUGGUCUCAUUUCCUGGGGAAUUUCCGAGUACGAUGCCCAGCAGAAGCCCCUGGACGUCAACGACCCCUACAUCAAGUACGACAAGGCUGUUCGAGUUAUCACCGCCCUGCAGGUGUGGUCCAACCUCUUCUACCAGCCUCUGGAAAACGUGGCCUACCUGGGCAUGCACAAGAUCCUUCCCGUGAGCGACGCGGCCCAGAACUCUCUGUGGCUCCACUCCUCCAAGCUGUGGGCUCUCCAUGUGGUUCUGGAGCUCAUCCGACUCGUUGUGGAGAUCAGACGAAACGUCAAGAGACAAUCGAUCGAGAAGAAGGCUGGAAAGACUACCACCACCACCGAUACCAAGGCAUGCAACUGCACAAAACUGCUGCCAAACUUCCUUAAGGGUCUUGGAGACCAGUGGUGGAGAGACCUUGUCAUCAACCUGGCCUACCUGCCUCUCACAGCCCACUGGUCCAUCGACGGUGGUAUUGUGGACAACCUGAUUGUCGGGUUCCUGGGUGCAUCUGCUGCUGCCGCCAACGUGGGUUGGAAGUGGAAGAAGGCUCUGACUCCCGACGUGCCUGUCGAGAAGAAGAUGCAGUAG